AUAAAAAGGACCAGCAAAAGCUGCAUUCAUUCCCAUACAAGCCUCGCCUCUUUCUUUCCACUUUGUGCCUUAAACCUCCCAAACGCCUUCUCUCCCUUUUUAUGUUUCAUGGAGCUAUAGGAGCCCUUUCACCCCAAAUCUCUAUAUUUUCAAAGGGCUCCUACUAAAUAAGGUCAAUUCAUCUCUACUUGCGCUCUUCACAUUAUUGGAAGAUGGGAGAGUUGUCGAGCUUCCAAUUGGGUGUUAUUGGCGCCCUGUUUCUCUCCGUGGCCUCCUCUGUAUCCAUUGUCAUCUGCAACAAAGCUCUCAUGAGCAAUCUGGGAUUCCCUUUCGCCACAACACUUACCAGCUGGCAUCUGAUGGUCACAUUUUGUACCCUUCAUGUGGCUCAACGCCUCAACUUCUUCGAGAACAAGCCCGUUGACAUGAAGACCGUAAUGCUUUUUGGCAUUCUAAAUGGCGUCUCCAUUGGCUUUCUUAACUUGAGCCUCGGUUUCAAUUCCAUUGGUUUCUAUCAGAUGACAAAACUUGCAAUCAUACCAUUCACCGUAUUGCUAGAAACUGCUUUCCUCAAGAAGCAGUUCAGCCAGAAAAUAAAGCUCUCUCUCUUCCUCUUACUGGUUGGGGUUGGCAUUGCCUCAGUCACAGACCUUCAACUCAAUUUCGUUGGAACCGUUCUUUCCCUUCUAGCUAUCAUCACUACUUGUGUUAGCCAAAUUCUUACCAACGCAAUACAGAAGAAGCUUAACGUGUCUUCCACGCAGCUGCUCUAUCAAUCUGCUCCAUUCCAAGCAGCAAUUCUUUUCGUAUCAGGCCCCCUGGUGGAUCAGAUGCUCACCAAACAAAACGUCUUUUCCUACAAAUACGCUCCCAUAGUCUUGGUAUUCAUCAUCCUGUCCUGCUUGAUAGCUGUUUCUGUCAACUUCAGCACCUUUCUAGUGAUCGGGAAAACAUCUCCUGUAACUUAUCAAGUGCUAGGCCACCUCAAGACUUGUCUUGUCCUGACAUUUGGCUACACAUUGCUGCACGACCCCUUCACUGAGAGGAACAUCAUUGGAAUACUCGUUGCCAUCUUUGGGAUGGGCUUGUAUUCUUAUUUCUGCACCCAGGAGAACAAGAAGAAACAGUUAGGAGAUCUCUCAAUAGCGUCUCAGGUUAAAGACAAAGAUAGCGCAGCACUUUUGGCAGGGAAAAACACGGGCAAUCAAGAUAAGGAAAGUCCUGAGCUUAAGAAACCGAGCAAGGAUUCUCUUGUUUAGGAGAAUAGGCCCUUUUGUGAUUUAUAAUUUCUUAUAAUACGUACAUGGAGGUUUUAUCCGGUCUUCAGGGCCCUUGUCAUGAAAAUGAAGAGUGCAAAUCAAGUUUUGUAUUAAUAAGUUCUCCGUUGCACUUGCAAGUCGAUGCAUUUCCAUUAA